AUGCGGGGCACAAUGCGGCGACAGCGCAGCCACAGCUGCCACCGCCCUCCUGAGCCCCCGCACGGCCGGCACCAGCAGCGACCUCUCACCGUGUCCCUUUCAGGGUGCCAUCAGCGCGGCUGCAAAGCUGUUCCCGAGGCCGAGCUCCCAAAAGAACUGUCAGCAUUCCUGAUGUCUCGAGAGCAAGGUGCUGCUUCUUCCAGCCAGAGAGAUGACACCUCUGAGCAGAAGAAGAGAGAGUUCUGCUCCAUGAGAGGAGUUGAGAAUGAGCAUCUCCAGGAGGAACCAGCAGCCGCACUUCCACACUUGCCUGGGGCCCAAGAAGCCUCUUGGCAUAAGCAGGGGGAUGCCACUUGUGAGCGUGCAGUGAGUGCAGAUGUGGAGAAUGGAUUCUGCACCAGGGACGGGAGUGUGAGGGAGCCCCUGGCUCCCCAGGGCACAGCAGCAAUGGGCAAUGAACAGAGAGGGAACCUCAGAAGAUUCCUGGGUGAACGGUUCAGGUGCCAUCCCGUGGGCACGGCGGUGCUGAUUCUGCUGCUCCUGGUGCUGGCGCUGGCUUUGGGGGCGGCCUUGGCUGUGCUGGCAGCACCACAGGUUCCAGUCACACCUGCGACACCGCAGUUGGUUCUGGGCUGUCCCCGUGGCUGGGUGGGCUACAAUGGGGUCUGCUACUACUUCUCACGGGAUUACAGCACGUGGGAGCAGGGUCAGGAACGGUGCUCCGAGCUCAAUGCCUCCCUGGCCAUUGCCCAGGAUGAGGAGGCCAUGGAUUUGCUCUUCCGCCUCCGCGGGAACGUCGAUUUCUGGCUCGGGCUGCGCAGACGGGGCGAGCGCCUGCACUGGGGGGACGGCAGCAGCUACAGCUCCCGGAAUCCCAGGCUGGAGCAGGACAAGGAUUUGUCUCUCGGAGGGAGAAGCAGUGACAUGACGUGA